AUGGCUUUUUUCAAGAUACAUUUGACAGAAAAAGUGAAAGGGAUUCUAUUAGUUGUUGGAUUUGGAGCGUUGGCAUUUGCUAGCUAUCUAACCAGAACUCAUUUAACAUCAAAAUUCAAUUUUAAAAAAACCAAGAAACCGAACCAAAGCAAAAUUCAAUUUAAAACCAUAAUUGAAAAUCUAUCAAAACUCCCUCAUAUCUCCUCAGAAUUCGAAAAAGAUGUUCUUUUUGAUUCUCUUUUUGAGUUGCGAGUUGCCUUACUUUCUUAUUAAUAAACAAUUAUUUUAUUUAAAUAAGAAUUUUUUUUUUUAAUUCUAAGGGAUUAAUAUAAAUCUUUAAAAGGAACAGCCUCUUAGAAGGCAAAGGCAAUAUUUUAAUCUCUAAACUAAUACAAAGAAUUAGAUAAGUACGAAAUUUCAAGUGAGGAGCUGCUCAUCACUUACUUUCACAGGCUAAAAAAAGCACUAAAGCAUAAUUGCAUUAGUGAUUUAAGCCUAGAACAAGCUUUACUUCAAGCUAAAAUUCUUGAUAGAGAGCUCAAAUAUGAAACUAAGAGGGGAAUAUUCCAUGGAAUUCCCAUCAGUGUAAAAGAAAAUAUUUCAGUCAGAGGAAUGAAAUCAUCAAUUUGUAAUAAAAAUCUUGUAUAUACACAAGACUCCUUAAUAAUAGAAGCUUUACGCCAACAAGGUGCUAUUUUUUAUAUCUCAGGAUCUAUGCCAGAAGACAUAAGACUCUAUGAAACUGAUAAUUCCUUUACUGGAAAAGCUACUAAUCCUUUUUCUCAUUAUCGCACCACUGGUGAUUCAAGUGAUGCUGCUUUAAUUGUUUUAGGCUGCGCACCUUUAACUAUAAGCUCAGAUUUAAAUGGCAGUAUUAGAGUUUCUGCUUCAUAUUGUGGGCUUUUCGGGCUGAGAGCGACGUCUAAAAGAAUUUCCCAACUUGGGCAGGAUGGGCUUUUUAAAGAUUUUCCUGGCUUAUCAGUUGGGAUUGGACCUAUGGGAAAAUCGACAGAUGAUUGUGCAGCGUUUAUGAAAGCUGUUUGCAGUGAUUAUGUUUAUCAGAGAGAUAUGAGCAUAUAUUAUUCUAGACUGUAUUUGGGUAGAUAUUUUCAAUAAUAUAUGUAAAUAACCCUUAUGAGAGAUUCAAUUAAAAAUAAUAUACCAAGAAUUCCAUGGGAUGAAAAAGCGUAUAAAGACUCAAGAAAACUAAAAAUCGGGUAUAUUGAAAGUAAUAAAUAUUGACCUUUGCCAAGCUGUAUGGAAGCAGCUAUCUAUAUCGCCAAAGUGGCUUUAGAAGACCACGAAUUUGUUAAAAUAGAGCUACCUGAUAUGGAAACAAUAAACGAGCUAUUCUCAAGUAUUUUUAUGAGCUCAAAUGAUGCCAAUAUUUACCCAAAAAAAGCUAAAUCGUUGACCCACCACGAAAAAGACUCAUUUUUGUCAAAAUCAGCCAAUUUACAUAGCAGUCACGACUAUGUAAAAAAUUUAAUAAAAAUUGAAAAAAUAAAACAAGAAUUUUUCAAAAAAUGGGCUCAAGAAGGAAUUGAUGUUAUCAUUGCGCCAUAUCCAGUGCCUGCAACAAUUCUUGACUCUUGUGAAGAUUUAUUCCCUUCGUUUGCUUACGUCACGUUUUUUAAUUUGCUAGACUGUCCAGCAGGCAAUGUUCCUGUUGAUUGUGUAAGACAGAAUGAGCAAAUAUAUGAGGAAACGAGCGAAAAAUGGACCAAAGUUAUGAAAGAUAAUAUGAGAAAUAGCAUUGGAAUGCCACUUGGAGUUCAGGUUAUAGCACCACCUUAUAGAGAAGAAUUGUGCUUAAAUGUAAUGAAGCAGAUUGAAGAGAAAACUUUGUUCUGGAAGAAAGUUAAUAUUAAUUAA